AUGAGUUACGAAGAAAUUGAUAGAUCAUCUUAUGGUAAAGAUGUCUUUACUAAUGGUGCUGAAGGUCGUUAUACUAGACCUAAACCUAUAUCAAUAAAUGGUACAUUAUCACAUUCAAUAGAAACAAGUGAAACCAAAAAACGAGUACCAAAAGCAGUUCUACCAACUACAGAUAAUCCAACUGAAGAACUAUAUGAAAAUGGACAUAGUGAUACAAUAGUUAAAACCAAAAAGAAAACACGUAAAGUUCAUGAAAAUGGUGAAAUACAAAAUGGAAAUACUAUUUCUGAAAUCGAUUCAACUAUUGUGAAACCAAAGAAAAAACGAGCACCAAAAAUUGAUUUAAAUAAUGAAAAUAUUGAUCCAAUGCCAACAACAGCAACAACAACAGCAACAGAAGAACCUAUAAAAAAGAAAAAAUCCAAAGUACCAAAACCAAUAUCAAUAGAAGAAGAGUUCCAAUUGAUUGAUACUUCAACUAUGAAUGAAUUAGAAGAACCAUCAAUAGAAAAAAAAAAUCAUUUGAUGAUUUACAAAUGA